AUGGCAACCGAAGCUGCUGUUCGUAAAUUCUUCUCGUCAUCCGCCUAUGCGGUGGCGGGUGCAAGCUCCAACCCUGCAAAGUUCGGGCAUCGAGUUUUUGUCUGGUAUCUCCACCAUGACCUGCCAGUGACUCCUAUCAACCCAGGAUCAGAGACCGUCAGUGCUUUGAACAAGGAUCAUGCCACUGUCCCCAACGUGACAGCACUUUCGAACCCUACGCAGACGUCUCUAUCAGUUAUUACCCCUCCAGCAGCAACUCUGCAGUUACUCCGCGAGGCAAAGGAGAAGGGCAUUCCUUCUGUCUGGCUGCAGCCUGGAAGCUUUGAUGCGGCUGUCCUUGAGUUUGCCAAUGCCCCGGGAACAUUUGAAGCUGUUAUUGCUGGUGACGGUGGCCGAGGUCAUGAGGGUUGGUGCAUCUUGGUGGAUGGAGAGCGAGGACUGCAAGCAGCAGGCAAGCUGUGA